AUGGCCAACAAAACGGGCGAAGAAGUGGAAGCGCUUAAAGAGUGCAUCAAAGACAACGCCAUGGAAGUGGCGGCCAAAAAGUUUGCAGUGAAGGCACUGGAAUUGGACGCACUGUUGGCCGACAGAAACAAAUGCCAAGUGAAGUGUUCAGACAUCACUGCAGACAUCAAUAUACCGGUUCCCGAAAUGGCUGUUGAGACCAACGGUGACGAGCCGUCCGCUAAGCGGCCGAAGCUGUCGGAGAAGACUGGUGUGGAUGGAAGUGUUGGCGCUCUGAAAGACGACAAGAAACCGGUUCUCUUCCCUUUGGGUGUCGUUCACUGCAAUCCGUUUCUGAGAGAAUUCGUCUCAAUAGUGAAGCCAUACAUCCAUGAGUUGUCGGAAGACAUCCAGAAUCUGAAGAUUGGCAUUCAUUUGAUGGUUCCGCGCAUCGAAGACGGCAACAAUUUCGGUGUCGAAGUGCAGAGGGAUGUGUUGGAAGCGAUGACUUCCAUUGAGGAGGAAAUGCACGAACGGAUCAACUCUAUCCACACCUACUAUACAAAGAGAGCCGAACUGAUCGCAAAAGUGGCUGAAUUUCCAUACAAUGAGGACUACCGACAGGCCGUCACUCACAGGGAUCACCAUUUCUACAAAUUUCUCUGCACUUCAUUGGCUUUGGUUCGCAAUUAUUAUCUCAGUCUUCACGACGUGAUCCUCAAGAAUGGCGACAGAAUCCGAAAGCCAAAGUCGGGAUCAAAUGAAGACACGACAACAAACAUGUCAACACAUUUGCGUCUAAGAAGUCACGCGUUUUUAUCGCUUCUCAUAUGUGUCUCACUUUUGGCACUGAUUUGCGACUCAAAGCUAUGGCUAAACAAAGACCUCAUCGGCGGUGAUGGCAGUCAUCCGCUCUUUGAGGGGACGGACGUUGACUUCGCGGCCAAUCGUGACAAACGGUCGGCCAAUAACUCGGUGUCCAAUACUCCGACUCCACCCAAACAGAGCGCCGCCGCCGACGAGUUGUCCCAAUUUGUGACCACUUCGGCGCUCAAUGACAGUCAUCAGCAGUUGACAGUGCAUUGGGCCGGAAAGUCGACGCCUAUUAUCAUAUGUUUGGCGAAGAAUCGGCCCACGAGUGCCAACAUCUCGUCGGCGGUCUAUAUAUCGCGAAAUUAUGGCAAAGACUUUGAGAAAGUGACGGCAUUUACGCUGAAGAACGGGUCCGACGCCGUCAUCAACACAUUCUUCAUCUCUCCGGCCAUUAAUUCUCACUAUAUUUUCGUGGAUUCGCUCAAUAAGUGUCUGUUUAUAACCAAAGAUUACGGCAAAACAUUUAAGAGAAUUGAUUUGGCGUUCAGUCCGAAGACUAUAUCACUUCACGCGACAAAUGUUGAGUUAGUGCUCAUGACGUCCGCCGCGACCGCCGGCGGCAAUGACUUGGACUCAAAGCUCUACUUAUCGGAAGACUUCGGCGCCAAUUGGCGUCCGAUUCAGGAACGGGUGAAACAGUUCUCGUGGGCUGUGGAGGGCGUCGACACCAACACCAAUGUCAACACCAUUUUUGUGCAAAGACACGAACCAAAUGGCUUGACAUCAGUACUCAGUUCUACCGAUUUCUUCACCAAUGAGUUAAACACCAAACAGUGGUUAACGAAUGUCAAGGAGUUUGAAAUUUCGGGCAAAUAUUUGUUCGCCACCAGAAGUCUUAAGUUGAUUGGCGCCCAUCGAAGCCCCGGUAGUCACGAGUCGUACCAGUUGUGGGUCUCAUACCAGCGCCAAGACUUUCGGCGCGCGCUCUUCCCGUUGAGCAACCAUUCGGUGGUCAUUGACUACUAUAUCGGCGACGCGACUGAAGAGGUAGUGAUGGCUUGUCUAACGUUCAACGACUCGACCACUCAUUUGUAUACAUCAGGCGAAAACGGACUCCAAUUUUCGCUAUCACUGGAAAACAUCCUAUACUUCGCGCCGAACGUAACGAAACACCCGAUUGGGUUGGACUGGAAUUCGGACGAACCGUUGGCCGACAUUCACAAAGUGUCGGGCAUUCGAGGCGUAUAUAUCGCUUCCAAAUGGAAAGAGCCCAAGAAGUCCAUCGCAGACCUGAUAACGUUGAUUACAAUGGAUAUGGGAUCCAAAUGGCAACGCAUUCGCCCGCCGUUUAUCGACGCUGACGGCGGACACAUUGACUGCUCGCUCGCCAGCAACUGUUCGCUCCAUUUGUCGCAAAAGUUUUCAUACCUUUACCCUCACCUCCGUUUGCCGCCAAUUGUGUCGCGCGCCUCAGCCGUGGGACUCAUUAUGGCGUCCGGAGUGGUCGGCACUUCCAUCAAAGGCAAACCCAAUGUCUACCUAAGUAUCGACGCCGGCAUCACAUGGCAUCAGGUGCUCAAUGGGAACUAUAUCUUCACGUUCGGCGACUUUGGCGCCAUUAUUGUGGCCAUCAGUUACUACUCGAAGAACGGGGCGACCAAUGAGUUGAAGUAUUCGGUAGACGAUGGCGAGAACUGGUCGACACUCAAGUUCAGUAAAGAGAAGAUCCGAAUCUACGGUCUGAUGACAGAACCCGGAGAGAAGACAACAGUGUUUACGCUGUUUGGCUCACGAGAGGAGGGGAAACACGAGUGGACUGUAAUUCAAGUGAAUUUGACGAAAGUGUUUAAAUCGCAGUGCGUUUUGCCCGACGAUUACAAGGAGUGGUCGCCGCACGACAUGGACUCCGGGUGUCUAUUGGGUCGACGGGAGAUGUUUCAGCGACGAGUGGCGAAUCACAAGUGCUAUAACGGCCACCAAUACGUGCGACCGGUGGCCACAUUGAACUGUCCCUGUCGUCACACAGACUUCGAGUGUGACGUCGGCUUUAUUCGCCAAAACGGGGGCCCGAAGUGUGUGUUUGACGACCGCUCGAGUGUCGACGGCUUUGACCCGUUCUCAGUCCCCGACUGGUGUAAAGUCGGCAAAAUUUUCAAUAGAACUCGAGGUUAUCGUAAGAUCAGUGGCGAUACGUGUCUCGGCGGCGAAGAGGACUGGUAUUCGCCGCAACCCAUUCCCUGUCCUUUUGUGCCCAAACACGACGACCAGUUUGUGCUCUUCGUUCAGCGACAGUCCAUUUCCCGACUUAUGCUCAAUGAAGACAAACCGGUGAAAGAGAGUCUCGUUCCCCAAAACUAUUUAAUCAACGCAAUCGCCGCUGACUUCGAUCACAAACAUAACUGUCUUUAUUGGUCUGACAUCGGAAUCGAUAAAAUUAUGCGCUUAUGUCUGGACGGCCGACAGUCACAGCCGGAAGUGUUGGUGGAGACGGGAUUGGAAUCAGUGGAAGGCAUUGCGUUGAAUCCAAUCAAUAAUCACUUGUAUUUCGUGGACGGAGAGCAGGCGAAAGUGGAAAUGAUUCGCACAGACAUCACAAAUGAGGGCCGAAUGCGGCGAACGAUUCUCACGAAAGCCAGUCUCGAGAAACCGCGCGGAAUAGCGCUGAACGUAAUGACGGGAUAUAUAUUUCUUACCGAUUGGGGCAAUACUCGGCCCGCAAUCAUACGGUGCGAAUUGGACGGCGAGAACGUGAAAGUGUUGUUCAACUCGUCGGUGGUCUCGUGGCCUAACGGCAUAGCUGUCGACUAUUUGACGCAAAAGAUCUAUUGGGUGGACGCCAAACGUGAUUACAUCGCUUCGGCCGACUUCGAGGGCAAACAUUUGAGUUACAUAUCGGAAGGCGAGUUGACUCCACACCCGUUCGCGUUGGGAGUGUUCAAGAACUACAUCUACUUUGACGACUGGAAUCUGCAGCAAAUCAUUUUGAUGAGUAAAACAGACGGUUCCGACCGGCGAAUUGUUUUGGGCGAAAUCGCCGGUGCGAUGGAUCUCAAGAUCAUUACACCACAGUUCAGCGAUAGUGUCAACACGUGUAGCGAUAACAAGACAUCCAAUUGCACGCACUUAUGCGUUAUGAAGCCAUUCGGUGGUCACCGGUGUCUCUGUCCCGACGGUUUAGAUGUGGUGAAGACACCCGAAGGCAAUGAGGUUUGUGGCUGUAGAGGAGGUGAGGAACUGAUGAAAUCAGGCAUUUGUAAGCCCAAAAAAGACGCCCAGACCUGCGGUUCCGACGAAUUUAUGUGCGAUAAUAAGCUUUGUAUUCAAAAGCUGUGGAAAUGUGAUAAAGACGACGAUUGUGGCGACCGAUCCGAUGAGAAGGAUUGCGUUGACCAUCAGUGCAAUGAGAAUGAGUUCCAAUGCAAGCGAUCCAAUAAAUGCAUUCCCAGUCACUGGAAGUGUGACUUUGAUUCCGAUUGUAUGGACGGAUCCGAUGAAGAUUUGGCGAUGUGUUCAUCAAUAUAUCCGAAAUGCAAUGAAAGCACACAAUUCCAGUGCAAGAAUCACAGAUGUAUUGACCGAAAGCUGAUGUGCGAUAUGGACGACAACUGUCGCGAUGGCAGCGAUGAAGAGAACUGUAAGACAAAAGACAACAAAUGCAAAGAAGACGAGUUUCAGUGCAAUAAUGGCGACUGUGUUCUCGCCGUCUGGCGAUGCGAUGGCGAUAACGAUUGUCGUGAUAAAAGUGAUGAAAGUAAUUGUUCCCGAUCUUCGUGUAAUUCAUGGCAGUUCUCUUGCGAUCACAUGAAAUGCAUAUUCAAGACCUGGCAAUGCGAUGGAGAGUACGACUGUGAGGAUCACACCGACGAGAAGGACUGUCCGAACAGCACAGUAUCCAUUGGCACCACAACUACCACCACAACAGCCAAUCCAUUGGACUCGUGCGCUGGCGAUUGGUUCCGAUGCUCUGUCGGUAUAUGUGUGCCACUGGUCUGGCGUUGCGAUCGAGUGGACGAUUGCGGCGAUAAUUCUGACGAAUUGGGCUGCGAUUACAAGAACGCCAGCGCUAUAGUGCCGGCUGUGCCCACACAGACCGGCAAAGAGAGUUGCAGUCGAGAGAUGUUUGAGUGCGCGAACAGUCAAUGCAUUUGGGAGUCGUGGCUCUGCGACGGACAGAACGACUGCGAGGGCGGCGAAGACGAAGACAACUGUCACUUCGGCGCCAAAAAUUGUUCCGAUUCUCAAUUCCGAUGCAUUCAUAGCGCCGGUUGUGUGCCAUUGAGUGCCGUCUGUAACGGCAAAGAUGACUGCGGCGACGGAACUGAUGAGUGGGGCUGUAGUAACGAACGCACAGACCUUAUCAAACCGAUCCGCUGUCCGGGCUUUACCUGUAAGAGCGGUGAGUGUAUUGAAGCGCAUCAGCGCUGCAAUCGUCGGCCCGACUGUUUCGACGCGUCCGAUGAGAACAACUGCAACCAAACUUAUUUUGCAGUCAAUGAUCUUAGGGUUGACUUCGAGACCAUAACUGCCACUGAAUUCACCAUCAAAUGGAAGACACCGUCGAGUCAACGGAUAUUCCAGUUUAUGCCCACAUAUUCACGACUUAACACCAGUGAAUGGCUCAACACUACUUGGAUUCAGAGCGAGAGCUUUACGUUUGAUAAACUCAAACCCGGAACCACUUAUAAUGUCUCCGUUUACUGUAAACUCGUGUCCGAAACCCAGCCCUACCCUCCCCUACAGUACAUUGCAAUUACCACUGCAUUCAUCGCUCCGAGUCCUCCACGAGAUGUAAAAGCAAAGGAAAUGUCUGGGAAUCGGGUUCUGUUGAGUUGGUCGCCACCCAUAAGCUCUUACGGCCUCAUCAAAGGAUACCGAAUCUAUUACACGCCUCCGAGUCCUUCGUCUAAAGUAGCGGUCAGUGCCUCCAAAACCAACAGUUUCUUAAUCGAUAAGCCCUUCGAGACUGGAAUUAAGUAUACCUUUUGGGUGACAACUAUGACCCUAAACCUCGAGAGCCAGUACUCGAAUAAGACAUCGCUAAUGAUUGGAUCAGUUUUGACAAUCAAGGACUUAAAUUCAAAGAGUAUUACCAAUUCUAGUGUCACUAUUGAAUGGAAUACUGAGACCAAAGAUGCUGUCAAGUGGUCCGUCGAGUACCGGUGCGACGACUACUUCAUGGGUUUCAUUAAAAACUUAACCACAGAUAAGACGUGGAUAACCGUCGAUGGCUUAUCUCCAGGAGUUAAUUAUCAGUUCAAAAUUCUUCCCAUUAUUAACGGCUUUGUUGUGUCAAAUGGAGUCGAAGACAACAUCAUAUCUGUGGUGACCAAAGGAGUGAUUCUACCGUCAGUUGCCAUUACAGACAAAGUGGUCGAGGGAUCCACUCUUCACUUGACUUGGAUUCGACCCAAUUAUCUAUCACUCAAACAAAUUAAUUGGACUUUUGGUGUCUUCUAUGGUAUCGAAGAGAAACGACUCAAACUUUACGGCAAAACAAAUGACACGAAUCUUACGUUAAAUGGUCUGCAAUCGUGUGAAUCAUAUAUAAUUCAGGUGCGAGUCUUGAAGCCAUUUGGCGUCGGGCCGGCCGUCGACUCAACCAUUUUGAAGACACAGUACGACCCGACGGCUCCGCCAAAGAAUCUGCGAUAUUAUAAUACAGUCAACAAUAAGACAAAGUAUGUGCUGUCGUGGAACUCGUCGUGCGAUCGUAUGGCAGACACUUCGGUCGCAUAUCGAAUAUGUGUCAAAGAUUUGGUGAAGAAUCGUGAGAAUUGGUUCCAAUUGGCGCCAAGAAAUCAGACGUCUAUAGAAAUGCCGCUAUUCGUACACUUCGGUGCCGUUUAUGACAUCAAAGUUGGAACCGAUAGACCCAACGCCCGAUACACGUCAACCAUACGCCUGACACCCACUCCAUUACCCCGAGUGUCUAAACUCGAUGGCGUUCAACAACUCAAUGGUUCCCUUUAUAUCAUAUGGAAGACAAUCGACGACACGUUUUGGCCCAAAGAACUCUUCAAUCAUAGUUAUGAGUAUAAAGUAUUUGUGAGCCAAACGCCGGAUAUCAACGACGGGGACAUCAUUACAGUGAAGAGACCGCCACUUAGUUAUGACGGACAGCAGGGAGUCUAUUAUCACAUCGCUGUGGCGCUCGUCGAACAGCACGGAUACUCCGGACCCGUUUCGGACACAAUCAUUAUCGGCAACUCAUUGGCUUCGAGUUCGGUUAUAAUCGAGAAGAAGAAUGCGAUCGGAGUUGUGGUGGGAAUCGGUGUUAUAGUGAUAGCACUGGUAGUGGCGCUCACAGUGUUUGUUAUGAGACACCGACGACUACAACGAAGCUUCUUGUCGUUCGCCAGCAGUCACUACAACACGCGCUCGGGUUCCGCCACUUUCACCACAAACGACACCAACGAUGGCUUAGAAGAAGAGGACGAAUCGCCGGUCUUUCGGGGCUUUUCCGACGACGAGCCCCUCGUUUUGGCUUAAAAUCCAUUACUUUCUUCAUUUGACUCACAAUUUUGGAUCCAAUCCGUUGUCGACUCUUAUAAACCCUUUUAUAAUUUUUUUAAACCAUUGAUUAUUUGAGAG